CCACCAACUAAGAUUAGUCGUCUUAUUUUCACUCCACUCCCAUGAAUUCUCACGCUCCCCUCCCCACAACUCACUCUGUUCGGUGAACAGUUUUUGUAUAUUGGAAAAGAUGGCCAGGAAACCUAGCGCUUCUAAGGUUGCAGAAAAGUCACAGAAGCAUGGCAGCACAAAUCCACAUGUGGAGCCUGAAAACAAUAGCCCUUCUUUAGAAAAAGUAGACAAACAGCCUGAAAACACAACUCCUAUCCUCGAAUCACAAGAAGCAAACUCUUCCAGAACGUCUUCUAGAAAGAAAGUGAAGAACACCCCUACUAAAGUUAGGCGAUCAGAGCGUCUUUCAAAUGCAGUUAUGGCUAGGGAAAGCCACGACAUCCAGUGUAUCAUUCAAGAGGUAACUGUCAGUGAAAGUGAUAAAGAAGAUGAACCGGCAGAAGAGGAAUUGCCAGAGCCUACUUUGGAUGAGAAAACCUCAGAUGAGAGAACCUCAGAUGAAAAAGUUGACUAUAUAAUACAACUUUUGGAGGCACAACAAAAGACUAUGGAUGAAUUGAAUUCUAAGGGAACUGGCAGAACCUUCUUUAGUGAAAGCUUUAGUACAGGGGAUGUCACAUACAAAACUUUGUACAUCGAUUCCCAAAAGAAGGUUGAAGCUUUGACAGAGGAAAAUGAUCAGCUUUUUAAGAAGUUGGAAUAUGCUCUUGGAAAAAUUGAAGUGUAUGAGAAGGGGAAUCAUAUGGUUACUGAAGUGUUGGAGAAGUUGAAAGAUGUGUUAAGAGAUGCAUUCUGGUUCUCAAUGACGAAAGCUCCUGAAGCAACUGUUGAAAGAUGUCUUGAAUGCAAGACUUCUGCUAAGAGAAAAAGACUCGAUAAAGAAAUUGAAAAGAACUAGGUGUAUGAUUUGCUAUAUCACAACUUAGUUGUGUUCUUUGCUUGUGGCUAUGCCAAAAUGACUUCUGUGGUGAUUUAUUUUUAGCUCUGCCUGGUGGGUUUUUGUCAUGUCUCUUUUUGAUGGAGAUGAACUACUAAGGUGUAUGAUUUGCUAUGUUAGAACUUAGUUGUGUUAUUUGCUCGUCUCUAUGCCUGGUGGGUAUUUGUCAUGUCUCCUUUGACAGAAGUUAAUGGUCAUAUGCGUAUUGGUGUCUA